UAGAAAACCUUGAGGUGAUGUCAGCUUUAACGAACCACUGAUGGUUAAAUUGGUUUAGUUAAAUUUGUAUUGCAACAAUGCUAUAGUUUGUGAAGAUAAUGUAAAGUGCAGAUUUAAUGGAAAUUGUGUACAUCCUUUACAUAUUUUAAGAAAUGCAUAUUUUAUUUCAAACGACAGGGACAUGUAUACAAAACAGCCAGGAAUCCGCUAUUGGUGGUGGAGUGGCUAUAGGUGUCUGUGUGAUGCUGGUCGUAGAUGCCAUCUGUCUGGGUUUGGCUUUCCUCCACAGGGGCGAAAUAGCAAACUGCAUAUCGGGUGCCAAGAAAACCAGUAAUACAAAAAAGCCAGUAAUGUCCAACAUACAGACUCCCGCCACAGUGAUCUGUCCUGUCGAAAUCCAAACACAAGGCGAUGAGUACGAAAUUCCUGUGGACAGGAAUCACUACGAUGCCCUUCAGACUGAGACUGCUGCCAUUCCCAACACGUAUGAGAAGAUACGAACAUACCAGAAUAUAUGAAAUAAGGAAGCACAUUUGGAUGCAAUUUCAAUAGUGAAUGCUAAAACAUGAAAGUCAACCUAAGUUCUGUUUGGACAUUCGUUUAGAAAUGAAAAUAAAAAAAGAUCUAAUGAACAUAGUUGGAAAACCUUUCUUGUAUUUGAGGUUCAGUAGUAUAAGGAACACCUUCAUGUUCAAUGUACCGCCUCCGUGGUCUUGUGGUAGAGCGUCCAC